AUGGGAGGGUGGGGACUAUGUGUACUCGCUCUGUUCGGGCUUACUUUGGCGCAGGGUCCGGAAAAACGGCGCACGGGCAAUGUGUGCCACGUGGACAUGGAGUGUCCGGACAACGCGUUCUGCCGACAGAGCAGUUACUGCGUCUGCAAAGACGGUUUCGUGUACGCCGCCGUGAACAGCACACACAAGGGAUGCUUGAAGGAGGCUCGCAUGGGCGAGGAGUGUGUGCAGCACAUUCAGUGUCACUCGACGAUGGGCGUGCACUCUGAAUGUACGUCCGGCGCCUGCGCAUGCGCACCCAACGCACACCUCGAAGACGACCGCUGCUAUGAGACCGCUGUGAUCGGUGACCGAUGCGUGGUGGAUCAGAACUGCUACCUGGGUGAGCAGAACACUGAGAGACAAGCCUUCUGCGUGCGAGGAUACUGCACCUGUCAACUGCAAUUCAGUCCGAGAGAUAACGGAACUAGAUGCGUGCGCGAUGCUGCGCUAGGCGAGGAAUGCGAAGACCAACUCCAGUGUGCAGGCGCUGGUCUUGAAUGCCGUGGCACCUGUCGUUGCCGUGAAAACUGGGUUGCACACCAGGACACCAACUCGUGCGUUGAGGCGGUAAAAGCGCUGAACGAGGCGUGCGAGUACGACGUGCAGUGCGAGGGGCUGUCGGGCUCGCCGGGCGCUACGCUGUGUCUGGGAGGCGCAUGCGCGUGCGCGUACAGCGCGCGCCCCGCCGGCAGCCCGCUCCGCUGCUGGCACAAGCGCAGGCCCGGCCAGGAGUGCAAGCGGGACGAGGAAUGCGUAUCAGAAGAAGACGAGCAAGGAUAUUGUCUCGCCGGUCGCUGCACUUGCAAAACUUGCUCUCCAGACGCAAAAGACUUUGGCGGCGGAGCGGGAAACUUGCACCCGCCAUUGUUUAUGUGCGCGAUCUCCUUUUUAUUCGUUGCUGCAAUUUUGAGGCACUAG